CGAUCUUGAUCAUGGUUCAUUCCCUUCAUUCCAUUGUUCUGCUUCCAGCCAGAUUCAAUGCCUCAAGACGAGGAAGCGAGCGAGCAUACCCAUCUGCUGUCUCCAAGGGUCGCUGAGUUGUCAGGACGCAGAAGAAGUAGUCAGCGGCCCAACGAGCUGGACGAGGCUUUUCCCAUUAUAUCUUCACAUGUCUCUAAGGAAGAGCGAGAACUUGCUGGUACUGCUGUCGGGGAGAGGCUGCCUUACAACGAUUACGCCACCAUUGAUUGGUUACAUGAUUUAGUUUGUCUAAUUGGGCUCUGGUAAUAACGUUCAUGUUGGCAGCUGCUUCUGAUCAAGGAUUCAUUUCGAUAUCGUGGAGCCCAUAUCCAAGAAAAGUAUCAAGGACCGCGUGCUUG